AGGUUGAAAGCAGGAAGCGGAGCCCACUAAUGAAAUAAUCAUCAGUUCAAGAUGGAAAAUAAAGUUUUCUCUCAUGACGCCCACGACAAGCGUUCAUUUGAUGGUAUAUGACAGUAAAGAAAACGGCUUGACUGUAGAUUUGACGAUUCUGCGUGUUUAAACGGACCCUGCCCUUAAUACUCCAAUACGUUACAAUUAUGCACAAAUAACAAAAAUUUAAAGAACUUUGUGGUUUAGCUUGAAAAACGGGCCUUGACUGAACAAUUAUACUAUAAUGGCGACCCCUGGUAAAGAAAGUGAAAAGACGAAACCAAAAACGCCUUUUUAUAGAGAUGUUGAUGGUUUCCGUAUUCCUGGAGGAUUUUCAGAAGAAGCUUUUAGGUCAGCCCUAGCUUACAAGCCUCGUUCAGAUGAUCUGUUCAUAGUGACCUACCCAAAAUGUGGAACAACUUGGAUUCAACACAUAAUUGGGAGCAUUUUACGUGAAGGGAAACCAUUUCAAACUAUACUAGAAUUCUUACUGGAUACUCCUUUCUUGGAAAUGACAGGGGCAGAAGCUGCAAAAACAAUGAAGCGGCCAGGAGCUAUUAAAAUGCAUCUACCUUUUCAUAUGACGCCUUAUUCUUCUAAUGCAAAAUAUAUAUAUAUAGCAAGAAAUCCAAAGGAUUGUCUAGUUUCUUUCUAUCAUCACACAAAAGGCAAUCCUGUGUAUAAAUUUGAAGACGGAAAUUUUGAUGACUUCUUUGAGCUUUUCAUGAAAGGUGAAGUCGAUUGUGGCGACUAUUUUGAUACACUGCUCUCCUGGUAUGAACACAGAAACGACCCAAAUGUUUUAUUUUUGACUUAUGAACAGCUGAAAGAAGAUGCAAGAACAUGUAUCUUAAAGAUUGCAGAGUUUAUGGACCCAAAGUACAAGGAAAUGCUGGAUAAAAAUGAGAAGAUAUUGGAAGAUGUGAUUUAUCAUAGUAGUUUUGCCUUUAUGAAAAAACAUUUACAUAAACUAUUGACCGAGAUAGCGGACAUUCCUAAAGAGCUUAUAGAUAACAAUCCAGAUAUACCACCAGGACUUAGGGAGCUAUUGCAGUCAUCACAAAUCAAAUCCGAUGGUACUAAAAUGGAUUUUGUGAGGAAAGGUAUUGUUGGCGAUUGGAAAAAUUAUUUUUCACCCGCGCAAAACGCAAGAUUACAGAAGAAAUAUGAAGAAAGAACAAUUGGUACAAAUAUACCAGAAUUGUGGAAAGAUGCUAUGUAAAUUAUGAAUAUGUUUUAAUACGAUUUUCAAAUAAAAUUUUUGGAACAGUC